AUGGCGGAAAUCCUGAACGUCUCCGAUUUGGUAGUCCACCUACACUCCAACAUCGACGCUAUCCACUCCGCAAUUCAAUCCCUCACAGACACCUCUUUCCACGAUGCCGAGAUCUCACAAGAUGAAGAGCGUGAAGCUAGAUUUCAGAGGGAGCAGCAAGAGAGAGAAGAGGUGUUGAAAGAGGAAAAUCGGAAGAUGGAGAGGGAGAGGCAAGAUAGGGAGAGGGGUGUAAUUGAAAGCGCUGAGAUAGAAAUGGAGAGAUUGGAGCAAAAGAUGGAGAACAGGGUUGAUGAGGGGAAGAGAAUUUUGAGGGAACUGGAUGAGAAGCGGAAGCAAAUUAAUAGACAAAUUGAUGAAAUUCUCAAUACACAGUCUGUGUUUCCGAAGGUUCAAUUCAAAAGUCGGACCAAGGCAGGAGGAUUAGCAUCACAAAAUGUUAGCGGCAUGAACUCUGCGAAUGGACCUCCGAAUCAGAAAAGGUCUUCCAACAGUCAAACCAGCGAAGGAGAAACUCCCGCGCCGGGUGGGUUUCCUCUUGAUCCGGUGCAGCAGGCUGCAACAGAGCCGACUGAUGAAUCACGACGAGAAGAUCCUAUGCUCGAUCGUUUGUGGAGUAUGAAGACAUAUCGAGAGAGUGGACGGCAUCGCGAUGACCCGAUGAUUAAUCGUCUGUGGGCUGCCACCAGGUAUCGAGACGAUCCAAUGCUCGAUCGUUUAUGGAAAGCUACCAGAUAUCGAGAAGAUCCUAUGCUCGAUCGCCUAUGGGCUUUCAUCAGGUAUCGAGACGACUCGAUGCUCGAUCGAUUAUGGAACGGGGAGAAGUAUGUGAGCGAGACAUACUGUGAACCCGCGAGCAAUGAUCCCAUGAUCAGUCGGUUGUGGAAUGGCGAAAAGUACGGAAGCCAAGUUUACUUGCAUACAGCAACCGUAGUUGAUACAAUGAUCGAUCGUCUUUGGAAUGGGGAGAGAUAUACGGAAGAGUUUCGAGCACCUGCUUCUGAGAAAAUCCAAAGGACAAUUCUAUCCCAAGAUGACCCCACACUCAGUCGACUAUCCAACUGGGACAGAUAUAGAGACGAUCCAAUGCUGAGCCGAUUAUGGAACGGGGACAAAUACGGGAGCGAACUACGUAGAUCAUCUUCGGAUGAUCCAAUGAUCAACCGAUUAUGGAAUGGGGAUAGAUACGAAUCCAAGAGUCACACGAGUGAGCUCCACGCUCCAAACCUGGUUCCAGAGGUUCCACUGACACCGGUCAACAAACUCCAUCUACAAUUUCCAAAGAACGCAAGCACUAGUGAGAUCUCUCACCUCGGUCUUGAAGAGUUGCCAAACACUAGUGGCGAUACAAAUAAUCCAUUCGAGGAUAAAGAAUAUGAAUUUGAGGAUGCACGAGACAGUUUUGGAGACAGUAAUUUAUCCUCCAUGCCUGCAUCAUACGUUGCCGCAAGAUCUGGGCAAUAUCCUGAUCCUGGACUACCAACUACAGCCAAAGCCACAUCUGGACUCCUUGACUACUCUCAAGAUGAUGAGACUGACUCUAUUCAACUCCCUCAGAGGCAUUCCGGACUUUUCACCUCGAUCGUUGAUGCUUUCAGAGCCGAUAUUCCUCUCGCCAGUCAAUUUCGAAGGAGCCAGGUAUAUACCAGUGUGCCCGCUGAUGAUGAUUUCGAUAGCUACGGGCAGCGUCCCUUAGACUACUAUACCCCAAUGGGUCGAUAUGCCCAUUUCGAAGAACCACUCCCAGAAAACCCUUACCAAGACUACGAGUCAGAAAGAGGACUUCCCCUCCGCAUCGACUCGACAGUCCGUACUUACCCGCAUUCUGACGUGGAUUCAUCACCCGCUACGCCAUCAAACGGCCCUUCUAGUCCAUUCCAAGAGAUUGUACAUGAGCCUGCAAUUCAAGAAUCGUGGUCUCCUCCGCGCGAAGAGCUCCAAGAGCACAGGGAGCUGAAGCCCCAGGCCUCACCCCCGAGGAGGGAUUUCAACACGUACCAUCCACAAAGCUAUCCCUCGUAUAUCCCUCCUAAAUCGAAUCUGGCCCAUCAAAGUACGGAAGAAUCGCCUGCGAGCCUCAGAUCAUCGCACGACGGGACUUCCCCCUCACCACUCCCUACCCUCCCCAGGUCCACUUUCGGCAGCCGCUCGAACCAUACCAUGACCCAAAGUCCGAGUUCCCUCUUCCAGAAAACGCGCGGCUUGUUCGAGUCCAUAACUACGAAACCCCCGUCUUCGCUGCCUCGCCCUGCGCUGCUCGAUGGAGAGGAGAUUGUCCCUCGUUCACUAGAUUCGGAUCCUAAACCGCCGUCGCCGGCUUUUGCACUCCCGGCUUUGGCGAGGUGAGGUUGUGGAUGAGGAGGAGAAACCGGGAAGGAGGAGGAGAUGAUGAUAAAGAGCGGUUAUCUGUCACAGGU